UUUCAUCCUCCUCAUCGUCGUCGGCCCCAUUAAGUCCGGUCGGGGCCUGCGUUUGUUGUCGGAGGGUUCUGAAACCGCCUCGAUCCAACUAGGAAAUGAUUCACAGUUAUGGAGUUAGGAAUGGGCUAAACCUAGCUUGUUUUACUUGCUUGGUUAUGUGCAUGGUUGAGUUCAGCCGCGCCGAGGUCGUUUUCGACGUAACCAAGUAUUCUGCGUCGCCCAAUGGAACCGCCGACAUAAAUAGCAAGGCCUUUUUAAAUGCAUGGGACGCAGCAUGUGCCCAAAAUGGAUCUGCAACCUUAGUGAUACCCCCAGGGAACUUCCUAGUAGGCCCAAUAAGCUUCAAGGGGCCUUGCAUGGGCCCGUCGUCGCCGAGGAUCCAAAUCCACGGAACCCUAAAGGCUCCGGGCCUCGCCGGCGUCCCCGGGCUCUACUGGAUCGAGUUCCGCAAUUUGCAAAAGUUGGCGGUCGACGGCGGAGGUGUCGUCGACGGCCAGGGCGCCGACGCAUGGACGGCCGCAACCGAACUAAAAAGCAAGAACCGUCCCAUGUCGCUGCGGUUCAUAAAUAUCAACAGCGGGAGGAUCGCCGAUCUCGCCGUCCAGAACAGCAUGGGAUUCCACGUGGCGAUCCAGCGCAGCACGUCGAUCACCGUCCACCACCUCAACAUCUCCGCGCCCGGCGACAGCCCCAACACCGACGGCAUCCACGUCAGCCGCUCCAGCCACGUCAACCUCACCAGCCUGACCGUCGGGACCGGCGACGACUGCAUCUCUAUCGGCCCGGGCUCCACCAACAUCACGGUGUUCAACGUCACGUGCGGUCCGGGGCACGGCAUCAGUGUCGGGAGCCUCGGGAAGUACGAGAACGAGGAGGACGUGGCAGGGGUGCGGGUGCGGAACUGCACGGUGGUCGGCACCACGAACGGAGUUCGAAUCAAGACGUGGCCAGGCUCCCCGCCCAGCGCCGCCUCCGACAUCACCUUCGAGGACAUAGUCAUGCACAACGUCACCCGCCCCAUCAUCAUCGAUCAGGUCUACUGUCCGGUCCACAACUGCACCACUCUGCCCUCCCAUGUUAAGAUUCGGGACGUGGCGUUCCGACGGAUCAGGGGGACGACGAACAGUCCGGUGGCGGUGACCUUCUCGUGCAGCCCGGAGGCGCCGUGUCAGAACGUGCAGCUCCAGGACAUCAACCUGGACUCUGCGGGCACGGAUUCAGAUUUGGGUUCGGGUUUGGAUUCGGAUUUAGUUUUCGGUGCUUCAACUAACAUCACCUCCUCCUGCUCCAAUGUUUUAGGGUCAGCUUUUGGAAUGCAAAAGCCCCAUCCAUGCUUUUGAUUGAUAACGAACCUUAACCACUGAAAAAAUAAAAAGGGGGCAAAAUUCAUGUUGAAAAUCGAUAAUGUGAAAUAGGAUUAUGAUUAGGGAUGUAAAUGGAUCCGGGUUGGUGGAGUCCCCGCCUCAAUCCGUUCCAAAUGAAACGGUAAGGGAGCAGCAUUUGGAUUGACGAAUCUGUAGAUCAAAUGUAAGUCAAGUACUGACCAUCCCUAGCGCAAAUGAAAAAGGGAUUGGUGGUUGGUACCCGAGGUCCCAAGUUCGAAGCCUAGUUGAU